GCUGGAGAGGAAAUAAGCGCCGUCGGACUGCAACAGCGACUCACCAGAAAAAAUGUUUCCUCCACCGCCCUUUUUCAGCGCUGUCCAGGUCUGCAAAAGUCAUGUGAGAGGAUCCACAGCAUACGAGGACUCGAGUUUUUCCAACCAUUAAACUUGUUUCAGAGGACUGUAAACUACGAGGGUGAUUUAUAAGACACAGGAACUGAAGUUAACAUUGGACAGGUACAGAAAAUGGCGAGAAGGCUCCUGCAGCUCCUUGCCUUGUGGACUACUGUGACUGGCAUUGUGCAGUGCUGUCCAGAGCUCUGCAGCUGCCAGGAUAAAUUUGCCCACCAGUUUGCAGACUGUGCUUACAAGGACCUGCUGGUGGUACCUGUGGGUCUCCCCUCCAAUGUUACCACCGUGAGCCUCUCUGCCAAUAAGAUCAAAUUACUGAAAAGUAAAAGCUUCAUCAAUAUCACUCAGGUCACCUCUCUCUGGCUGGCCCACAAUGAGAUCGUUACCAUAGAGAGGGACACAUUGGCCCCCUUGAUUCAGCUCCGCAACCUGGACAUCAGUUACAACAAAAUUGUGAACUUUCCAUGGGAGGAUCUGCACAACCUCACUGCCCUGCAGCUUCUGAAAAUGAACAACAACGAGAUGGUGAACCUUCCAAAGGAUGCCUUUUCCACGCUCAAAGACCUUAGGUCGCUGCGCAUUAACAAUAACAAGUUUACCACCAUUGUGAAGGAUACUUUCAGUGCUCUCUCCUCCUUGUCCCACCUUCAGAUUUUUAAAAAUCCCUUCACAUGCUCCUGCAGCCUGGAGUGGCUGAGAGAUUGGAUCACAACAACUAAGAUAUCUGUCCCUGAGCCAAAUUCAAUUUUAUGUGAGGCCCCUGAGCACCUGAAAGGUACAAUGGUUACCAAGAUUCCUCAACUGGACUGUAGGGCCCCUACUGUCACUAUAACCUCCCAGCCCAACAUUGAGAACACAGAGCUCUAUGAGGGUUUCAUGGUCACCUUACAUUGUGAGACAAAAGGGAGCCCCAAACCACAAGUCAGCUGGGAGGUGACAUCAGGAAAUCAAAAUUAUCUGUUCCCCCUGCCAUCCACUGGACUCGUAAGUGAUUCGCCAAUUAAUGAUAAAACAACCAGCAAUCGAUUUCUCAUCUUUGUAAAUGGCACUCUCAUCAUCCCACGUAUGAGUAAAACGGAAGAUGGAAAUUACAGCUGCUCUGCGGUGAAUGACUUGGGUAAAGCAGAGAGCACUGUUAGAGUGGCUAUGGCAGGCACCCAAAAACAUGCCAGUAACUCAGUGCUCAAUCCUGUUGUAGACAAAAUCCAUCCAUCUGGUAAAAAGCCCACAGAGACCAAGACCUUCAAAAACGAUGUGAUCAACUCGGCCAAGACUGAAGAAAAGACAAAGAGCAAUUCUGAAAUUUCUUCAGACAAAAAUGACGGCACAGAGCAGGUUGGUGACGCUUCAAAGCACCCCACCUUUGCGAGCAAGUGCGGCGUGAGGGACAGCAGUGAAUACAUCUCCAACCAUGCCUUCAACAUGAGCUUGGAUGACCUGAAACAGUACACUUUUGAUUUUGGUGUUAUUGCAUUGGAAGUGUCAGAGACGGAGGCCAAAGUGCAGCUAAAUCCUCUCCAGCUUCACAGCAGCAAAUCUAACCUUCAUCUUAGUCAUAGUGAAAACCAGGAAACAGUGAAUAUAGAGCCUGUGGGCUUGUACCAGUCUUCAUCCAGCAAAGCCACCCUGGACAUGCUCUACCUCUGUGUAAAUACAGGAAAUGGACACUCCAUAGUUCAGUGGUCCAAAAUAGAGGAGGGGGUUAAUGCCUACCGCUUCCAUGGUUUACAGCCUGGCACCAAUUACACACUUUGUCUCACCUAUGGGGGGCAGGACUGCCAAGUCCAAGUAGUCUUCACAACUAGGAAGAAGAUCCCCUCCCUUCUUAUUAUCGUUGUUGUCAGCAUUUUCCUACUGGGUCUGGCCACUGUCCCCUUAUUGGGGGCCACCUGCUGCCAUUUGUUAUACAAGUACCAAGGGAAGACCUACAAGCUGAUCAUGAAGGCUCAGAAUCCGGAUCAGAUGGAGAAACAAAUGGCUGGAGAUUUUGAUCGCAGGGCGUCUUCUGUGGAAUCAGAGAAAACCUUCAAUCCCAGCGAGUUAGAGGGUGAGGGAGAGGCCGAAGGAGAGGAAGGAGACGGAGAGGGGGAGGCUGAGGGGAGCGUGGUGACCGAGUCCAUCCCCGGAUCCUCAUCCAAAACCAACCAGGAGGAGUUCGAGGUGGGCUCGGAGUACAGUGACAGAUUACCGCUGGGAGCCGAGGCAGUCAACAUUUCGGAGGAGAUCAACGGCAACUACAAGCAGCCAAGCCGCUGAGCUCCGCUGUCUGUCUGUCUGCGAGUAUAAUGUAAAAUAUUUUACUUUUAAGUAGCCUACAUUCAAAGAGGUAUUUCACCCACCAUUACUACACGCGAAAAACGACGGCGCCUAAUUUUGUUUUUUUUUUCUUUUUUUUUACCUCAGAAAGUACUCCGUCAAUCACUGAGAUUGUGAAUUGAUUCAUGUGACAUUUGUAGUCUACUGUAAGGUUAAAAUAAGUAACAUACAUUUACGAUGCAAGCACAGAUUUCUAGUUUAUCAGACCUCAAAACUGACCUGAAACGAUCGUGUUGUUCCCUUUCUGCAGGACGCACACGGAUGGGCAUUUCGCGCAAAAUUGUGCACACGGUGAGGCGCGUCGAGUUGUGCGUAAUCAAAGGCAAAAAUGGUCAUUUUAAAUUUUAAUCGCCGUUUUGGAGAGCACAAAUAAAUAACAACGAUGCAAAACGUGUCAUAUGUUUUAAAGCCAUUUUAAAUUAAGUGACAUCAGGGAAAAAUUUGCUCUUUUUUGCUGUGUGCGUCUGUGCGUGGCUGUGGAUGAGUCUCUCUCACACAGGUCAACCAUCCUCUCAGGUGUCGGCAUUCCGGCUCUCUUCGAUUCGUCCACGGAACUGUAGCAACAGAUUUGGGUGAUGAUAUUUCAUGAAACGAUACUAGAUACGCAGAUAUUUGCUUUCGGCGUAAUUGCGCCUGGCAUCGCACACCGCAGCGCCCUGCCCGCUGUCCUGUGAGUCCAAAAGGGAAAUUUCACUUUCGACUGUGUUGUUGCUUGACGGGAUAUCCCAGGUUAUUUACCAACAAAAUCUUGUUUCACGUAAUGUAAGGCUUUAAAAAAAAAGUGACUUUAACCUCUUAAUCAACGGGUGCUUGCUAUACUCUCGCUUUUUACAACGAACGUGUCCAUGGCAUGUCACACGUAUUUCCUUGUGUGGUUUUUAUUAGUGUAGUCUAGAGGACUUUAGAUGUUACUGUCGACCUGUGAUGUAAAGCCAUGUGAACUGAAAUUAUUCUUUUUUUACGACGGUAAGUUAGUUUAACCGAAGCCUCAACAAAGAGGGCGCAUGAGAGCGUCUGACGGCUUCACUGUCUUGUAAUUUGAUGCAUAGUGAGUUUUUGUGAACUAUGUUGUAAAACAAGAAACCCCGUGAGCUUUCGAGAUUUUUUGAUAUAAUUUUAUGUAAGUGGAAUUAAUAAAACAUGAAACUAUA